GAUGCUAUUAAUCGUCACCAGAACAAGCCUUUGGAAUUCCAGCAGAUAAAUGGUAAAAACCUGAAAGAUGCGGAGACACUUUUAAAAGACCUUUUUCUAGACGUAGACAAAGUCAAGCAUCUGAAACAUCCUCAAGCCUUUGAAAUUGAAAAAGAUAUCAAGCAGCUCCAUAUCCGAAUGACACAUCAAUGUGCAGAGUAUCGAGAGCUCUAUGAAAAAUUUACACUUUCUGAAGUUGGUUCCAAAGUGGACUGGGCAAAAAUUCUAGAACAAAAACAGAAACAAAUCAGUGGAGGGCAAUAUGGACCUACAAUGCCUGAGCUGGAAAAACAAAUUGCAGAACACAACAUUCUUCAGAAGGAGAUAGAAGCAUAUGGCCUGCAGAUCAAAAAUCUUCAGAGUCUGGAAGCUGGAGAUUUAAAGAUUCAAUACAAGGAUUUGUUGAAAGCCUCUAUCUGGCGAGGCCAGAGUUUGAAUAGCCUCUACACCCACCUCCAAGGCUGCAUGAAAGAGCUGGCGUAUCUCUCAGAGCAACAGCAGAAGAUCUUGAAGCAGGACUGGAGUGAUCAAAUGAUUGAGCCCCAGUCAGUCCGGCGUGAGUAUGAGGAGUUCAGAAACAAUGAGCUUCUUAACCAGGAAGAGUAUGUGAAUAUGCUUCAGGAUGAUGGAGAACGGAUGAUUGAACUGAAGCAUCCAGCAGUGACCCCAAUUCAGGCCCAUCAGGAAGCCCUGAAGAAUGAAUGGCAAAAUUUUCUCAACUUGUGUAUUUGUCAGGAGCACCAUCUAAAGAGCAUAGAGAAUUAUAGAAAGUUCUAUGAUGAUGUUGAUGAUAUGAAGCUCUUUUUAAGUAAGCUGAACAAUGAUCUUAAUAACAAAUACAGCAAGUUCAAUAAAGACAAUCCGGGAGUGGUGUCUAACUUAAUGUGCCAUCUGGAGAAUGAUGAGAAGACUGUGAAACAAGCGGAAAAGUCCAUAGCAGAACUAAAACGAAGGAGUAAAGAGAUUAGUCCUUUGAAACUGCGAAGAAUCCAGUGUUCCCAACCAAUUAUAAUAGAUGCCAUUUGUGAUUGGGAUUUGGGUGAGGUCCAGCUUGAAAGAGGUGAAAAGUAUACUUUGAAGAAUAAUAACAACCAGGAAAACUGGGAGGUGCAGAAUGCCAAAGAAGAGAGUAAGAUAGCACCUGCUGUUUGUUUCUCCAUUCCGCCUCCAGACUUAGAGGCCAUAGACAGAGUUAAUAGGCUAGAAGGUGAGCUGAACACAAUAAAACAGAAGAGAGCUUCCAUCCAGACCACCCUAAGAAGCAGCAACAAGGAAUCAGUGAAACCCAGCCAUCAAGCCACAACCAGAAACUUCACUCCAGUUCAGGAUGACUCUGAAGCUGACCAUUUGCUCCAUAAACUGAAUAAAAUUGAUAGUGAUUUGGGGCAAAUUAAGAUGGACAUUUUUAACCGCACAAGGUCUCCGCUAAAUCACAGUGACCCUAUAGAAGAUGUUACUCAACGGAUCAAACAUCAGGAGGGAACAAAUAAGAUAAUUCAGAUUAUAGGAACAGAAAAAGAAGCUACUCAGAAAGCAUGUGAGACCUAUCUUUCAAAAAAGCCUGCUGGUACCACUGCCUCUCAAAUUCCUGUGAUGCUCAACAACAUCAAGAAUAAAUACAAUGAUGUUAAAGUACUAUCCAGGUUAUAUGAUGAAAAAGCCAAAGCAAGUAUAAACUUGGAAACUGAGAUAGAAAGCAUGGACAGGAUCAUCAGCACCAUUGAGACCAAGCUAUCUCAUGAUGGUACAAUUCCAGCUUCACCUAAUGCAUUACAAGAUCGUGCUAAUGAACUUCAGAAACUGAAACGUGAUUUGGUGAAACAGGAGAACUGCUUGCUCAAGUUAAACCGAAGCCUUAAAGAUGCUGAGCACAGCUGCAGUGCUGUGCAGAACAAUUUUCAAGAAUACUGUCCAGAUCUGCCCAGGCAGAAAAAGGAAGUCCAGCUCAUUAAUGAUCGGUAUCAUAUUGUAGCUGACCAGCUGGAUCAACGGGAGAAGACACUUUGGGAUACCAGCCUCAUUUACCAGCAGUUCCAAAAUGCCAAUGAGAAUCUGAUAUUCUGGCUCAACAAUCUCCCGAAGCACAAGGUCAAGACCACAGAUGGACCGAGCCAAAUUAACUACAAGCUCGAGGCCCAGAAGAGGCUGGCAGAUGAAAUCCAGAGUAAAGAGUCGGAUAAAAAUUCAGUGAUCAACUUGUCCCGGAAUGUGCAGUCUAUUCUCAAUGAUUAUGAACUUCAGGCGGGAAAAUAUCGAUCGUCUCUGGAUCCUACUCUGACUGCCUCAUCUGCCAAGCGUCUCCGGGUGACUCCACUCCAAGAGAGCAUUCAGGCUCAGGAAAAUGAUAUGACAAAACUCUAUGCAGAGACUGCUGCUGAAAAUAAACAACAAAUCUGCUGGUUGGAAUUUGCCAAGAAAAUUAUGAAUAAGAAAGAAGUAAGUGAUACAGUGCGGGUAAAGUAUGAACAAACCCAGCAGUCCAAAAACAUAGAUGAAUCUGAAAUCCUGAAGUCUCAGCUUAAAGAGGAACAGAGCAGGAAAGCCAAUGUGCAACAAGAACUGGAGGAGCAGAGAAAUAAACUUCUGACUCUGAAAACCCAACGGCCCAUUGAAAGAAUUGAGGAGAAAGAAGUGAUUGAUUAUUAUAGAGAUCCAGUUCUGGAGAGUGAACUUGCUAAAAUCUCUAAUCACAUUGAGAAUGAAAAGCAGAAAAGAACAGAUUUACAGACAGAUAUUGAGAAAGUGAAUAAUAUAUUCCUUGAAAUGGAAAAAGGUAGAAGGGUUGUGAAAAGCCAGCUACUUACAAAAGAAGUUACUAGAACAGAGAAAGAUCCAAACCUAAAUGCCCAAGCAGCAAGACUCCAAGAAGAAAUCAGGUAUCUACGUGAUCAUUCAACUUCUUCUUCUGAAAUUGAACAGCUCAGGAAAGAGUUGUACCUCUUGGAGCAAAAGCAGUCAAACAUCCGAGAGAAAAUAGUAGUAAAAGAGGUGGUGAAGUUAGAGAAGGAUCCAGAAAUGCUAAAGGCAAUCAGAUCACUGCAAAUGCAAAUUGAUGAAGAUAGUUUCAAGAAGAAGUCUGCAAUGGAUACAAUAGGGAAAAUGAAAAGCAAAAUUGAGGAUCUUGAGAAGCUGAUUGAAGCAACUGAACCCAAAGUUGUCGUGAGAGAAAUAAAACAAGUGGAGCAAGAUCCGGAGCUCCUAAAAGAAUCUUCCACUCUUCAAAAGCUUAUUGAUGAAGAGAGGAACAAGAACGUGUUAUUGUCAAGUGAACUGACACAACUGCAGAGCAAAUAUAGCACUAUGGAGAAGUCCAAGCCUAGAGUGGAGAUAAAAGAAAGAGUCAAUGAGAUUUUUCACCUAGACCCAGAAACAGAGGAAGAGAUUGCACGUUUGAAGCGAGAACUCCAAGAAAUUUCAAGGAAAAGAAAAAGAGUUGAUCAGGAGGUAGAAAUAGCCUUAACUGAACUGAAAGUUCUUAGAUCCCAAGCACCUUCUGUGGAGUUUAAAGAAGUCAUCCAAGAGGUGGUGAAAACAGAAAAGAGCCCAGAGAUAUUGAGAGAAAUAGACCGGUUGAAAGAACAGCUAAAUGAUCUUGUCAAUGCAAACGGUCGAUUCCAAGAACAGCUAAUCAGGUUAGAAGGAGAAAGAGAUGAGUGGAAAAGAGAAAGAGCCAAAGUUGAAACCAAGGUUGUUACGAAGGAGGUUGUCCGAUAUGAGAAUGACCCUCUAUUAGAAAAAGAGGCUGAAUGUCUUCGCCAAGAAGUACGCAACAUAUUACAAAAGAGAAGAGCAACUGAAGAUGCCCUCUAUGACCUACAAAAUAAGUACAUACUUCUGGAGAGAAGGAAGCCUGAGGAAAAAGUGGUGGUACAGGAGGUAGUUGUUACUCAGAAAGAUGUGAAGCUUAGGGAGGAGCAUAAGAGGCUGAGCAAGAGUUUAGAUGAACAAACAAGCAACCGUCGAAGGAUGGAUCAUGAGGUCCAAUUGCUUCGGGCAACAGUGGAAGACCAAGAAAAACUGCUAAACAUCCAAGAUGACAGAAACAAGAGGCUUGCUCUGGAAAAGGAGAUGCGGCAGAUCACCCUGCGGAUAAAAGAGAUUGAAGAAAGCCCAGUUCCAGUUCAAGAAAAAAUAAUCAUGGAGGAAGUAAUUAAGGUAGAGAAAGAUCCAGUUCUUGAGCAAUCAAGUACCAAUUUGCGAACUGAACUAGGUAAUGAGAAAGGUCAAGUAUUGACCCUCCAGAGGGAAUGCAAGAACCUUCAAGCCCAGAUUGAUGUUCUACAAAAGACAAAGUCCCAGGAAAAGACAAUAUAUAAGGAAGUAAUCAGAGUAGAAAAAGAUAGAGUGCUUGAAAAUGAGCGAACACGUCUUUGGGAUCUGCUAAGCAAAGAGCGAACUGCUCGGCAAAAUGCAGAAGAAAGUAUCAGACACCUGAAAGAGAAGAUUGAGAGAGCAGAAGGCAUGAAAUGCACAUGGGCUAGAGAAGAAGCUGACCUCCAGAAAACUCAAAAUGUGACAAUGCAAGAAAAAGCUAGUCUUGAAGAUGAAUUAAGGGAACUAGAAAAACAGAAGCAACAAAAGGCCCUUUUCCUUAGAGAACAGACUAAGCUUUUGAGCGAAAGGACUGAAAGUGACAGGCAAAAGAAGAUCCAAUUUGGCCAGGAGGUUUCUCGUCUGGAAUCUGAUAUACUUAUGGAGAAGGACAACAUUUAUGAAAAAGAGAGGACUAUCCGGGAACUCCAAUCCAGAAUCAACAGAGAAGAACUGAACAAUGAGACUCAGAUGAGAGAGACAAAUCUCUCUACCAAGAUAUCUAUUCUGGAUCCAGAGACUGGUAAAGAUAUGUCACCCUACGAGGCUUAUAAGAGAGGCAUGAUAGAUAGGUGUCAGUAUAUCCAUUUGCAAGAACUAGAAUGUGAUUGGGAGGAAAUUACAACCCUGGGAUCCAAAGGGGAUGUUUCUGUUCUUCUUGACAAAAAGAGUGGAAAACAGUACUCCAUUGAUGAUGCUCUGCGGUUCAAAAGGAUUACAAAAGAAGAAUACCAACUUUACAAGGAAGGCAAAAUCCCUAUCUCUGAGUUUGCUCUACUUGUGGCAGGGGAAACUAAGCAGAAUACAUGCCUUUCUUUAGGUUCAAUUAUUUCCAAGUCUCCAAUUUCAUCUCCUGUUUUUCAACAGAGGCAAAGCUUCUUCUCUUCUGGUCCACCAAUGGCUUUCUGUGACGAUACUUUUCCUAUUGCUGGAGUAUAUGACACAACCUACGACAACAAGUACAACAUUAAGUCGGCACUUAGCAAGAAAUUGGUGGAUCCAAUGACAGCCCAAAAGCUUUUAGAGGCACAAGCUGCUACUGGAGGCAUUGUUGACCUGAUCUCAAGAGAUCGCUACUCUGUCCACAAAGCCCUUGAUAAAGGACUGAUCGAUAAUACUUACACACAGAGGUUGUUGAACGCUCAAAAGGCUUUCACAGGGAUUGAAGAUCCUGUCACCAAAAGAAGACUGGCUGUAGGAGAGGCAGUUCAGAAAGGAUGGAUAACUCAAGACAACGCCUUUCCUUAUUUACAAGUCCAACACCUCACUGGAGGACUAAUAGAUCCUAAGAAAACAGGACGCAUCCCAAUAUCAGAAGCUAUCCAGACAGGCCUGAUCAGUAGUGACCUGGCCACAUUACUACAAGAUGAAUCAAGUUAUGAAAAAGAUCUUGUUGAUCCUAUCACCAAAGAGAAGAUCCAUUAUAAGGAGGCCAUGGCUCGUUGCCAGAAAGAUCCUUUAAGUGGGCUCCUCCUCUUCCCAGCUACCUCCGAAGGAUAUCAGUCCACAAUCCAUUCAGCUGCUCUGCCCCGAUUCAGGCACUAAGCAAGACAGUAUAAUUUUAAAUUUGUAAAAAGUCUGAAAUGCUUUUCAUCCACAAGAGAAUUCACGCCCUGUCAUGUUCAGAUGAACAAAGUGCCUGGCAAUUAUAGAUAGCUGUGUAUUAUAUUAGAUAGCUGGACUUAUUUCAUUAUACCAAGUUAGCAGCACUUCAUACAGAAGCAUUUCCAAAAGUAGAAGGGAUCUAAUAUGGGAGUGAAUAUAGCAAUAGCAGUUAGACUUAUAUACCGCUUCAUAGGGCUUUCAGCCCUCUCUAAGCGGUUUACAGAGU